AUGGAUGCAGAAUUAGAUGAUGAAAGUAUUACUGAUGACGAUGACUAUGAAGAGGAUGAGAGCAGAGAUUUAGCGACACCCCAAGAAGUUGUUGAACAGAUUGUGAAAAGUGGUGAAAAGAUAAUUGUCAAAUGGCAUAAUAUAAUUCUUAAAGAGCCACCAAAAUUUGAUGCAUUUCUUGAACAAGCAAAUAUAUUAAAAAAUCGUUAUCCAAAUGUAAUUUUAUAUGAUCGAACACGUGUUAAGUUACUUGGUGAUAAAUUGGGUGAUGAUUAUUAUCAUGCAUCAUAUGUUGAUUCAUAUGAUCGAUCAGAUGGUUAUUUACUUGCACAAGCACCAUUUGAUGAAACGACAGAAUCCGAUUUCUGGCGUAUGAUUUUUCAAACGGGUGUGAAAUUAAUUGUUCUCUUAACGGAUGUUAAUAAUCUGGAAGGAAAUCGUAUAAUCAAGCAUUUUUGGCCGGAAUCAGCAACAAAUGCACGCAACUAUCCGGAAGCUAAUAUUAAAGUAAAUUAUAUGGAGAGUGUUAUUACUGCCUUAUAUGAUUGGUAUAAAUUUUCAAUUAGCGAUAUUACUGGUAUGAAUAAAAUUGCAGUAUUAAUGUUACAUUAUCGAAAAUGGAUAUAUGAUAAGAUUAUUCCGGAUAAUUUAUUAGAAUUCCGAUCUGAGGUUGAUAAUUGCGUUCAUCGUUCUGGUACUUAUGCUGUCCUCGAUAUUGUUCUUGAUCGAGUAACUGCUGAAAAAAAGGUUGGUCUACUGGAAACAGCAAGUAUUGUGCGGAAGCAACGUUACGGAUGCAUGUCCUAUUAUUCACAUUAUAGCCAUGUGGCUGAUUUGGUCGUUCGAUAUGCGAUAGCAAUGGGUAUUGUCGAUAUUGAAUGUAUAAAUGGAAAGAAAUAA